AGACGUGCAACAGCCACUCACUCGACUAGGAGGGGGGCGGGAGAGAGGGAGGGGUACAGGUGCGGAUCGUUUGUAUGAUGCGUCACAGUCCAUCCGUCGUGGAUGCGCAUGCGUGUGUGUGUGCGCUGGCCAUACAUGUCGAAAGCGAAUUAACGUCAUGUCAACACGCGCACGCACUCAAACAAACAAUACAGCAAUCCAUCCAUCCAUCUAUCCCCAUUACAGCCCAUCACUGUCGUCGAAGGUCACCCGUGGGCGGGAGGCACGCACCGAGCACUCACACACUGCAUGGUUUCGUCCAUCAGACGCGGUCUGUCUGUCUGUCUGUCUGUCUGUCCGCUGACCGAUGAGGAAGACAGUGAGGAACUCUCUUCUGCCUCCCUUGACCAAUUCACCUCUCAACCCGUUCCCACCACACUGUGUCUCCCAGGUCAUCCCCCAACACACCCAUCACGGCAACACGCGUGCGGUCAUGCGGGGCCGACUCGGUCGUGAAGAUGACAAUCUUUCGUGCAUCAUCAUCCCCAUCCCCUCUCUCUCUCGCCAGCCAAAUCGCUGCCAUCUUCCCCUCGUCGAUCGCCUCACUCCCCAAGACCACCAGCCGCUCAUGGCGUGCCCCCUCACGCUUCUUGUCGAAGAUCGUCACCCCUGGCCCCCACUGUGCCACUCCGUUGUUGUUGUGAGAGGCCAUCAGCAGCUCAUUUACACGACGGUAUGCGGCGGAAGAAGGGCAGAAACACCACAACCACCGGAUGCGCCGGAGGUUCUGGUUUUGGCGGCCGCGACGGAGCCAAUCGACCAGGACGAAAGCCACCAUCGACGAGUAAGUGCAAUACGUCCAGCUGUCCAUCUGCGUGGGCCGGUCGGCGGGGUCAAACGUGUCAGGAAAAAGUGGGCUGGGACUGGCGAUACAGGAGGGCAGACGGUAUUCGUAGUGCCACGAGUCGAGAAUCUUGAUGCCGGACAUCAGACGUAUCUGUUGUCCUCCACUAUGGAAAGUCAACCCCCGGCUGAGUAUCUUCCACUGGCGGACCGCCUCGCUCCGGCCGACGAAGGCCGUCCGGCUGCCGAACACGCUGAGGUAAUCAUGCCGCAGCACCAACGGCACCUUGCCGCAAAGGUGAUAGAGUAGCUGCAGAUGCGGCCGACACCUUGCCCAAUCGCCACCAUACUCCAGCGUGAACAGCAGCCGGGUCAGCUGCUCGACAACGGCACUGGUGGCCCCGCCCUGGGUCAGCUGGUAAAGGGGCACCUGCACCAGGCCGCCAAAGAUAGUGGCCACCAUGAAGGGCAGCAGUCGUGUGAGGAUGGGCAAGAGGACGGCGGCGGUGAAUUGUGUGGGAUGGGCGUCGAUGAGGGCCUCCAGCUGCGAGUAGCUCUUGACGUACUCGGCGAUGGUGAUUGCGAGGUGCUGCGGCACAUCAGCGGCACUGAUGGCGCGCUCAACUGGCACACACACACACAGACACAAACAUAUAGACAGCGGUUUCAGGCACAUUAUGCAUUGCUUCUGCGAACCAUUGAUGGUGCCGUUCAUGAGUGUGACGAUGAGGAGGGCGGGGGGCGGGCGAGAGGUGACAAACACCUGAUAGUUGAGGUGGCCGUACCUACACACACACGCAGAGAGAGAGAGAGAGAGAGCUGCACUGACUGUGUGUGUUGUCUAACCAUUCACGGCAUCGAUGCUGUCUGUGUGUCCGUACCAGGUUGGUGGGUUGUCCCAGGACCCUCGCCCGUCGUGCAUGACGAAUUCCAUCCCGCCGCUCUCAUCAGGGACCUCAACACGAACCUUCACCCAGCCGCGCCCAACGCCCUGGUCACCGAGGGUAAGCACACAGACAGACAGACAGACAGACAGACAGACACAUGCACACACUCAAUGUACGCGGACUGAUUCCCUCCGACCCCUUUGUGUGUGCCUUGCGGACCUUCAU